CAUUUUAUGUAGUCACAAGACCACUCACCUGAGAGUUUUUUCGCGGAUUUUCGAUUUUUCUGAAAUUAUAAAUUCUACAAAGAAUAUUCUAGUUAAAUCUGUAGUAAUUCACAAUUAUAGCCAAAAUGGCUAACAUUAGUGAAGAGAAUGUUAGCAAACUUAUUGGUGAUGACAAAAUUGAUAUGAUUGCAGCCACCAGCGUUUUGCAAAUCAGAGCGAGUGAAAUCCGCCAAUCCCAGAUUAACUGGCAGUCUUACCUCCAGUCCCAAAUGAUCACCCAACGGGACCAUGAUUUCAUCGUGAACCUGGACCAGAGAGGUCAGAAGGACUUGCCAGAUAAAAACCCUGAAGGUUGUGCUGAUGUCUUUCUGAACCUCUUGACCCAUAUCAGCAAAGAUCAUACAAUCCAGUACAUCCUUGUUUUGAUUGAUGAUAUUCUGUCUGAAGACAAGUCUAGAGUUAAAAUUUUUCGUGAAACAAAGCAUUCAUCAGGUAACAUCUGGCAACCAUUCCUGAACCUGCUGAAUCGUCAAGACGAGUUUGUACAGCAUAUGACUGCCCGCAUCAUUGCUAAAUUGGCAUGCUGGCAUCCCCAGCUCAUGGAGAAAAGUGACCUGCAAUUCUACCUUUCCUGGCUCAAGGACCAACUUAAAAUGAAUAACAAUGACUACAUCCAAUCUGUGGCUCGUUGUCUACAAAUGAUGCUGCGUAUCGACGAGUACCGCUUCGCAUUCCUUUCGGUUGACGGAAUUUCUACUCUGCUUUCGAUUCUUGCAUCCAGGGUCAACUUCCAGGUGCAAUAUCAACUCGUGUUUUGCUUGUGGGUGCUAACUUUCAAUCCACUACUUGCUGAAAAGAUGAACAAGUUCAAUGCCAUCCCAAUAUUGGCUGAUAUUCUGAGUGACUCUGUUAAGGAGAAGGUCACUCGCAUCGUCCUUGCCGUUUUCAGGAAUUUGAUUGAAAAACCUGAUGAUCACCAGGUGGCCAAAGAACAUUGUAUUGCCAUGGUACAGUGCAAGGUUCUGAAGCAACUGUCCAUUCUGGAACAGAAGCGCUCAGAUGACGAAGAUAUAAUGAAUGAUGUUGAGUUCUUAAAUGAACGCUUGCAAGCUUCUGUACAGGAUUUGAGCUCUUUCGAUCAGUACGCUACUGAAGUUAAGAGUGGACGCCUGGAGUGGUCACCGGUCCAUAAAUCUGCUAAGUUCUGGCGUGAGAACGCAGCGAGGCUGAACGAGCGCGGACAAGAGUUGCUCCGCACGCUGGUCCAUCUGUUAGAGAAGAGCCCAGACCCAGUUGUGCUCGCCGUUGCCUGCUAUGACGUCGGAGAGUAUGUGCGACAUUACCCACGUGGCAAGCACAUCAUUGAACAGCUGGGUGGCAAGCAGCGUGUAAUGCACCUCCUAAGCCAUGACGACCCCAACGUGCGGUAUGAGGCCCUUUUAGCUGUCCAGAAACUUAUGGUUCACAACUGGGAAUACCUCGGCAAGCAACUUGAAAAGGAACAAAUCGACAAACAGGCGGGCACUGUUGUUGGAGCUAAAGCUUAAUUUAUUUAAAUAUUAUUAUAUACAUAUAUAAAUGGAAUAUGCAAUAUGUGUUAUUAUAGAUGAAAGGGUGUUGUUGUUGUUGGGCUCGCUGUUAUGAAGAUAUUUAAUGCUAUAGACAUAUUAACUAUUUGCUUCAAAUUAUAGACAUGUGUACAUAGUGUGUUACAAUUUCAUAUUUGCCAUGAAUCUUCAUCAUAUUGUAGUUCAAUUGUAUUUAUUUAUUAUUCCUCUAAUACACUUAUUGGGAUCAAACUAAAUUCCUUUAGUAGUUUAAAUAUAAACCUUUGUUAAUACAAUAUUAAUUUUUUUUUGUAAAUAUAUCAUCCAAAAAUCUAUUUAUGUUCAUCAAGCAUCAAGCAGCAUCAAGAAGUCCCAACCCUGUAAUGUUCGUUUAAACCAAUACUAAAUAUGAAUGUAUUAUUAAUAGUAACUCAAAUUGUGCUAGAAGUUUUUGUUUUAAAUUAUAGAGUUUAUGAAAACAACCUGUAGGAAUGUAACACCUACUAAAAUUGUAGUUUAGUUACAAAUAUUUCUUAGUAAUCUUGUUACUUCAACAUUGUGAAUAAAGCUUAUAUAAUAGUAUAUUUGUAUAU